AUGUUUCAAAUAGCAGACAAACAAACAGUGUCUCGAAUUAUAAAUAGCGCGCGUCAAGCUAUUGUAAAGAGUUUCGUACCAGAUAAUUUAGGCUUUGGACAUGUUACUCGUGAAGAUGUUAUUGGUCGCCAUACCGCAGCAAUAGCUCGAGAACUAAUGUGCGGUGGUGACAGUACUGAUACUACAAUAAUUAUUAUUGAUGGGGCGUAUCUUUAUAUUCAGUCUCGAAAUAAUGAAUUUCAAAGAAAGACUUUUAACUUAUAUAAGAAAAGAUCCUUAUUAAAGCCAAUGAUGAUUGUAACCACUACAGGUUAUAUCGUGGCUUGUAUUGGACCGUUCAUGACUGAUUUUAACAACAACGAUGCUGCGAUAAUGAAAGAUAUUUUACUUCGCAAUACCGAUCACAUUUUAAGUUGA